AUGGCGCUCUCUCAUCGUCUGCCUACCCGUCGGCGUUUUACAGCUGCAACGCAGCACCAGAUGACAUCCAGUUUGCCGAGGCAGGUGCGUGGUCUGCGUCUUCGUACGGCUACAGGGACCUGGAGGUCACAGUCGUGCCGUCAAGAGACAGAAGACGGGACGAGUAGCGCCAGAGCAGCGGCUGCGGUGUCAGCCGCGGAGAAGCAGCGACAGGUGCUGCAGAUGGAGAUGGACCUCGCGGAGGAGCAGCGACGGCGGCUGGCGGCGCGUAUGGCGUCCGCACGGCGGAACGUAACUCCACCUACCGACACAGGGAGUGUACCUGUCCGUUCUGGGUUGGAGGAUGAGGUAAGGGUGGGGAGCUCGGCAGCGCAUGCAUCACCGGAAGGCUGUGACAGCGGGACAGUGAAGAAAGAGGAGGAGCAAAUGGAAGAAGAAGAAACGAUGACGUCAAGCGAUGACACGCCAUCACGCGAGUUCUCUGCGGAGGCGCCUCCACCGUGCUCGCCAUCGCCGCCCUCUGCACAUGCGGCGAAAGAUGCUGCUUUGUUACUUGAACAAGACCUGCGGAGUAAACCAAGAGCAUCAGUAACACCGCCGCGAGCACCGCAGAAUGCAUUCGCUCGAUCUCCCGAGGUGACGGGCUCUCCUGCCAAAGAGGCAGCCGACUGGGAGAAUGACCGGAUGCCCGAGACAGCGCCGUCGCCAUCCCCGUCGCGUGCAAACGCAGAGGAGAAUAUGAUGACGUUGCCGGUUGCACGCGCUACAUCGGAGAAGCGCUCUCCACGCUCUGCAUCCGCACACAACAAGACGGUGCGGCGAUCACCAGGGCGGCAACAGCAGCAAACUUUUAAGAGGCGAAGUCCACCACACGUGCCAUCAUCCACUCUCGAAUCACCUUCAAGAAAGGUCGCAUCUCCAUCAAGGAGCCCAUCUUCUACCUUCCACGGACGUCACGGUCAAGCAGAAGUGAUGAGCACAGCGGAGGAGGAAGAGGAGGAGCGGCUGUACGCGGCGUAUCGGCGCAAGCUGGCGCGCAUACAAAACGCCCUGCGCAUGUCUGGCCUGUGCUCCACCGCGGACGGUUUCGCGUCACUGGAAGCACAACUUGCCCAUCAGCAACGACCUGCCCUGCGUACACCACAUCUUGGGGAACCCAACAGGCAAUACAGGGCGGACUUCUCACGCGCGACGUCGCCACCCCUCGCACUCGUCAUGACGCCGCAUUCCCAUAGAAGCGUGGAGGAGCUGUCCGACGCAGCCGCUGCCGCCGCUCGCCGGCCGCUUAUUCGUCGUGCCCCAUCACUCGGAUUCAACUCCGUUGCGCCCCUCCCUGGCAGCCCACCGCGCCAACUUCGCUGGGACCUCGCGCACAGCGGCAACAUCGUCGUGUCCCCUGACGGCAAUGUAUGUCGCACCGACGCCACCGACGCCAUUCACCUCAUCGAGGAGGAGUACGCGGAUCGCUUGGCGGAGGUGCUGCCGCGGCUCCUGAUUCCGUUUUACGCCGUUGGCGACCUCGGCACCACGCACGGCUCGCUGUUGUUUUCGUUUCGCUGGAUCGCACCGACGCCAGGGAAGGCGCGAGGGCCAAGGCAGGGCUCUCCGUCGACAACAACCUCCACGUCGGCGCCUCGUGUGCCGGCGCUCGCCUUCGGCUUCGCCACGCGCGCCUUCACCGGCGUCGGCACCGAAGCCCCUGCGUUCCUCUACCUCUCGACAGGAGAAAUUGCGCAGGGCCUGCGUGCGCCAGGGGACUCUAGCGCAGCAGCGGCGGCGCGCUCUUACGGGGCCCCGUACAGGCCUGGGCUCGAACUGGCGGCUCGGCUGGACAUGCGGGUGGGAGAGCUGGAGUUUUUUGUGGAGUCGGUGCCGAUGGGUGUGGCGUUUCGGUUCUGUCCUGCGCUGCACCCGGCGCCGCUGUUUCCCGUGGUGGUCUUCUCCGCUGAAAGUGACGGCGCGGAGCUGCUGUACUCCGCGUAG